GCGCUGGCGGAGCGGCGCGGCCCCGGGCCGAUAGACCUUCUGCUGUGCUGCGGCGACUUCCAGGCAGUGCGCAACGAGGCCGACCUGCGCUGCAUGGCCGUGCCGCCCAAGUACCGCCACAUGCAGACCUUCUACAGGGAUCGCAGCCUGAGGGGAAAACUUGCAGGAAGAAACUGACAAGUUAAUCUACCGUAUACUUGAUAGGACUCGGGGACUAGUCCAUUUAAUGAUCCAGGAAUUUUUACUGGACGCUUGCUAUGCGCCAGUCCUCAUUCUGGAAGCUAAAGUUACAGCAGUGAACUGACCAAGUUUUUGACCUCAUUGAACGUACGUUGGCUUGAAACCCAAGGCGGCAGCCCUUCAUUCCUAAGGACAAGGAUGGACAGUUGGUUUAGAGGAUUUAAACUUUUUAUGAUGAACUCAGAUUUUUUACUUCGGACCGUAUUUCGCUUUUCUGCUAUGCCUGAUGGUACAGAUAUGCCCAAUUGCUUUCCUCUAUCCCCGAUUUCUGCUAUGCCAAUUGACGUUACCCUUGUGUUUUAGAUAUUACUCUGGAGAGAAAAAGGCCCCAGUUCUUACAAUUUUCAUUGGGGGAAACCAUGAAGCCUCAAAUCAUUUGCAAGAGUUACCGUACGGUGGCUGGGUGGCACCCAACAUUUAUUAUUUAGGUUUGGCAGGUGUAGUAAAAUACCGAGGCGUAAGGAUUGGUGGAAUCUCUGGUAUAUUUAAAUCUCAUGACUAUCGAAAAGGUCAUUUUGAGUGCCCCCCUUAUAAUGCAGCAACAAUAAGGAGUAUAUAUCAUGUGAGAAAUAUCGAAGUGUACAAAUUAAAACAGCUGAAGCAGCCUAUGGACAUAUUCCUAUCUCACGAUUGGCCAAGAAGUAUAUAUCAUUAUGGAAAUAAGAAGCAGCUUCUUAAGACUAAAUCUUUUUUCCGACAAGAAGUGGAAAAUAACACAUUAGGAAGUCCCGCAGCCUCAGAGCUUUUGGAGCACUUAAAACCUACUUACUGGUUUUCCGCACACCUCCAUGUGAAGUUUGCAGCCUUGAUGCAACAUCAGGCCAAGGAUAAAGGACAGUCAGCCAAAGCAACGAAAUUUCUAGCCUUGGACAAAUGCUUACCACACAGAGACUUUCUUCAGGUAAUAGAAAUAGAACAUGACCCCAGUGCUCCUGAUUACCUGGAGUAUGACACUGAAUGGCUGGCUAUUCUCAGGGCUACUGACGAUCUUAUUAACGUGACUGAGCGCCUGUGGAAUAUGCCUGAAAAUAAUGGCCUGCAUACAAGGUGGGAUUACAGUGCAACAAAAGAAGCUAUGAAUGAAGUAUUGGAAAAAUUGAAUCAUGACCUCAAAAUUCCAAGUAACUUUAGUGUAACUGCUCCUUGCUAUGACCCUAGCAAGCCACAGACACAAAUGCAGUUGGUUCAUAGGAUCAGUCCUCAGACUACUGAAUUUUGUGCUCGACUUGGCAUCACUGACAUUAAUGUCAGGCUUCAGAAGGCCAAAGAAAAACAUCAGUUGUGUGAUGACUAUGAAGGGCAGGACGAUGUGGAGAGCAAUGACUCUGGAGAAGACCCCAGUGAAUACAACACAGACACAUCAGCCCUGUCCUCGAUUAAUCCAGAUGAGAUAAUUUUAGAUGAAGAAGAGGAAUAUGAAGAUAGUAUUGUAAGUGCACACAGUGACAUGAAUACACCAUCUGUAGACCCUUCUUCUGAUCAAGCUUUGGACUUUUCUGCAAGCUUCUCUGACGUCAGGAUCUUGCCAAGUUCCAUGAUUCUGUCUUCUGAUGAUACAUCAGGUUCCCCAAUUGGCAAGGAGGGGAAACCUGGUGAGCCUGUGGAAUUGGAGGAUGGAAAGGACUUAACCUCAGUGCCGUUGAAGAGGCUGAGUGAUGAACGUGAACCCGAACAAAGAAAGAAAAUUAAGAGGAGGAAUCAAGCCAUCUAUGCUGCAGUAGAUGAUGAUGAUAUAGCCUAAGACAAGUUGCUUGUCUGAGUAUUAUAUGUAGAUAUGUGAUUUUUGAGACUAUAUUUUUAGAAUUGGAUUUUUGACUCAAGACUUAACUUUGUAAUAAUGAAAUUAUAUAAGAAACUUUUAGUUAGGUAUCAACUUUAUCUUUAGGCCUUUGUAUGUUUCAGAUAAAUAUUAAAAUUUUGUAUAUUACUUGAUUAAGUACCCCCUUUUUUUGAGAAUAUUUAUUAUUCACUUUCAGUUUUUUUCAGCAAACACUUAAUGAACACCUACUUUGUACCAGGCACUUUUCUAUACGAUGGCCCUACAAAGUUGACUAAGGGAUUUUUGCCUUCAGGGAGUUACUACCACUGUAAAUAUAUAUUUUGAUGUAUAAAAUAUGGCAUAUUUAUAUUUUGUUUUACAGAGUUAAGUCAUUAUUGUAUAUAUACUUAUAUAUGCUUUCUUUUCAUUUCUUACAAAUAUUUUCCCUGGUCAGCUCUUAAUGUCUGUCAAAUAUAACUGAAACUGAAGAUGGUAGAUCAGAUUUCAGGAAAUAAAUUAAAUAUUAAACAUUGGUCAACAUAAAAUCUUACAAUUAAUUGCUGAGAUUAGCAUAACCCUGUUGACUUUUACAUUUUAUAUUUAGCUUUAAUUUUGAUGUCUAGAGUAACUGUAUAGGUCAUUUGGGGCAUGGUUCAGCGUAGCGUUAAUUACUAGCAGGGAUCAAGUUGCACAAAUGCUACGCCUCAUGCUGCAUAAUGGAUUGCUACUAUUGCAUCGUGUUUAAAGAUCCAUGUGGAGAAACUACACCUCUGUCCUGUCUCUGGUUAGAAUGCCUGGGCCACUUGAGGAGACUGUCGCUCUGAACUUGGACCAGUAGUCACGGAAUCCAAAGACUGUUCCAGGAUCUCAUCAUCUCAUGGCAGUCCAAAUCCAGGAGCCAAUAUAAGAGAAUUUGGCUUCCAUCUUGUCAGCAUUUGAUUCAAAAAAGGUUUAGGACCAUGGGGUUUUAUCUUUAUUGCCUUCCACUUUUUGUUUACUUUCUUUUUUUGAGUUAAGUAAUUCACUGAUUUAAAUUCUCACAUAAAGUAUUUAAAAACUGUUUCCCCCA